AUGACCCGCCAUUCCACCGUAAUACUGCCAAAGGUCACUUCUCAACCAAUUGGAACUACUCUUAUCCUGAUUGUUCCUAUUGCUACCAACCAGCCCCAGCCAAUCCCUCCUCAACCACUCCACCCUGAGGGCCAGGCACUUGACUUUGAUAGCGUCAAUGCAGCCACCAACUUGUAA